AUGUGAUGAAAAAGUAUGUCCCCAUCUCGUGUGCCUGACUUACCUAGCUAGGUUCCUUACUGGGAGGCAACCACUGUUUCUUAUGCAUUCUAGAGAUAUUCUGAGCAUUUACAAAUGUGUACCUCAAUAUUCCUGCCCACUUUCCCCACAGAUCCUAGUGCAGCAUACUGUAUGUAGUGUUGAGUACUUUGUCUCCUUGCUUUUGUCAUGUAUAAAUUUUAGAAAUCAGCCUCACUUUCUAACAGUUGCAUCUUAUUACAGUUUUAUUACUAGUCCCCUGUUGAUGGCAUUCAGAUCUUUUCCUUCAGUUUCUUUGCUAUUAGAAACACUGCUGCAUUGAAUAUCUUUACACAUAGAUCUUUAUACAUAGGCCCUUUUGCACAUACAUAUCUGUAGGAUAAAUACCUGGGAAUGGAACUUUUUGGGUCAGAGGGUUUGUGCAUUUGUAAUUUUGAUGGAAAGUGGCAAAUUGCCCUCUGUAAAGGUUGUGUCUUUUUCUACUCCCUCCAGCCAUGUGUGAGAAGGGCCUGGGUGGGAAGGGGCUUGGAGAGGUUUGAGAUUCUUGGAAGGUGGAAGGAAUUACUGAUCAGGCAUCACAUUAGAUACUUUCCUUUUGAAGGAGCCCAAAGGAAGAUGCUCUCAGCCAAUAAGUGGUUUUCACAGUACAGGUAGCCCCCGACUUACAAUGGGGUUACGUUCCAACGACUGCUUCGUAAAUUGGUUCUGAGGUAAGUCGAAUACCUUUUUUUUUUAGUUUUCACUUUUAUUGCCUUUUAUUAUCAAUAGCUUUAUAUAUCCACUCUACAUUUGUCUUCAGGGGUUGGCAUGAGUAUGAUAACAUCAGCAAAUUACCUGCUGCAACAUUGUAUGUAGUGCAGAUUACUAAGGAUAAGAUAUACAAAAAAAAGGACAGUUUAGUAAGUGGGGUUUGAUGUAGCUAGAAUACCUCCUAAGUCAGUGACUACCUCUCUUAGGAAGCAUUGUAUCCAAGUGGCUAGGGGCUCUGGUUUUGCAGUCCUGCAGGCCUUGGUUUGAAUUCUGGCUAUGCUACUCACUGGCUGUGGGACCUAAGGUAAGUUCCUUAGCCUCUGUCUGUUUCCUCAUCGCUGAGUGGGGUAAUAGUAGUAUCUCUUACCUAGGUUUCUGAGGAUUGCUGUGAAGAUUUGAUGAAUUAAGAUACUUAAAGCCCUUAGAGCUGUUUCUAGCUCACAGGGCUACUUUGUUAUUCUCUCACAGCUUUGCAUCUCAUCUCUCCUUCCUUUGUUUUGAAAAUAGACUACCUGGAUUUGCAUCUCAUCUCUUGCUGCUUCUUUGUGAAGCAAGUUGCCUCAGUUUGCUUACCUGUAAAAUAGGGAUGAUAUUAUUAAGAGUACCUUCUUAAUGGGUUUUUGUGGAGAUUCAGUGAAGUAAUACAUGUGCAGUGCUUAGAGCAGUGCCCUGUACAUAGCGUUCAAUAAAUGUUGGUGAUGUCUAUCAUUCUUGCAGACUUUGGGCUGUUUAGUGCCAUGCAGCCUUUACAGCAUGUCCUGAGAGCGCAGGGUUCUCUGAGGCAGGGGACGUUGGCCUCUGUGUCCUGGCUGUUGCUCAGGAACUGCAGGGCGCACAGUGGUCUUCCCAGCACUGCAUGUCCCAGUCCAGAAAGGCAGGAGGAUGGAGUUCCAAAGGAUUUCAGCUCCAGGCUGGCGACUGGACCAAUUUCAGCAUUUUUUAAGAAGUGCUUCAACGCCUCAAGAGAAGCCAUCUUCUCCAGAAGUAGAGGACCCACCCCCUUAUCUCACGGUGGACGAACUUCUGGGAAGGCAGAGAAAAGUGUACCUUGAGACCUAUGGCUGCCAGAUGAAUGUGAACGACACAGAGAUAGCCUGGUCCAUCCUACAGAAGAGUGGCUACCUGCGGACCAGUAACCUCCAAGAGGCUGAUGUCAUCCUUCUUGUCACAUGUUCUAUCAGGGAGAAGGCUGAACAGACCAUCUGGAAUCGUUUACAUCAACUUAAAGCCCUGAAGACAAAACGGUCCCGCUCUCGAGUGCCUCUGAGGAUUGGGAUUCUAGGUUGCAUGGCUGAGAGACUGAAGGAGGAGAUCCUCAACAGGGAGAAAAUGGUGGAUCUUUUGGCUGGUCCCGAUGCCUAUCGGGACCUUCCCCGGCUGCUGGCUCUUGCUGAGUCAGGCCAGCAAGCUGCCAACGUGCUGCUCUCUCUGGAUGAGACCUAUGCUGAUGUCAUGCCGGUCCAGACAAGCCGCAGCGCCACCUCUGCCUUCGUGUCAAUAAUGCGAGGCUGUGACAACAUGUGUAGCUACUGCAUCGUUCCUUUCACACGUGGCCGGGAGAGGAGUCGGCCUGUUGCCUCAAUCCUAGAGGAAGUGAGGAAGCUUUCUGGGCAGGGGCUAAAAGAAGUGACACUCCUUGGUCAGAAUGUUAAUAGUUUUCGGGACAAUUCAGAGGUCCAGUUCAACAAUGCAGUGCCUACCAGCCUUAGCCGUGGCUUCACUACCAACUAUAAAACCAAGCAAGGAGGGCUUCGUUUUGCUCACCUUCUGGAUCAAGUCUCCAGAGUAGAUCCUGAAAUGAGGAUCCGUUUCACCUCUCCCCAUCCCAAGGACUUUCCUGAUGAGGUUCUGCAGCUGAUUCAUGAGAGAGACAACAUCUGUAAGCAGAUCCAUCUGCCAGCCCAGAGUGGAAGCAGCCGUGUAUUGGAGGCCAUGCACAGGGGAUAUUCAAGAGAAGCAUAUGUGGAGUUGAUUCACCAUAUCAGGGAAUCUAUUCCAGGUGUGAGCCUCAGCAGCGAUUUCAUUGCUGGCUUUUGUGGUGAGACUGAGGAAGAUCACCUCCAGACAGUGUCUUUACUUCGGGAAGUUCAGUACAACAUGGGCUUCCUCUUUGCCUACAGCAUGAGACAGAAGACACGGGCGUAUCACAGGCUGCAGGAUGAUGUCCCGGGAGAGGUAAAAAUAAGACGUUUGGAGGAACUCAUCACUGUCUUCCGAGAAGAAGCAACAACAGCCAACAAAACCUCUGUGGGCUGUGCCCAGCUGGUGCUGGUGGAGGGGCUCAGUAAACGCUCUGCCACUGACCUGUGCGGCCGAAAUGAUGGAAACCUUAAGGUGAUCUUCCCUGAUACCGAGAUGGAGGAUGUCAGUAACCCUGGGCUUAGGGUCAGAGCCCAGCCUGGGGACUAUGUCCUGGUGAAGAUCACCUCCGCCAGCUCUCAAUCACUGAAGGGACAUGUUCUCUGCAGGACCACUCUGAAGGACUCCUCAGCAUAUUGCUCACCUGGGUGGAUGGCCACUCAGAGUUGACUUGGGCAGUUCUUCCCAACAAGAAGGAAGAUUGACUGGUCACUGAUGAAAGAGGUAAUUAAUGAAGCUUUGGAGACAAGCUGCAAAUGGUGAAACAACUUCAUGUCAAAUGGAAAACGCAUCUCCUUGCUGCUCUGUGAACAGCCUUUAAAUCAUUAAAUUUACCUAAACUAAAGU